UCUCGUAUAUCCUCAUUCGGAAAAGCCCUCGGUGCUGCAGAGGGUUAGAUUGUGAAUCUACAAACAACAGCUUUGCUAAUGUACAAUUUGGACAGACUAAKGGUGAGGAAUAUGAGGAAUUCUUCGUUCAUCUUGAAUGUUGCUUAUAAUAACUGAAACAAAAGGAACUCUGAGAAGCAAAGCUAAAAGAUCAUUCAAAACUCAUCUAGAUGUUAAAAUAGAUGAUAUUGUUUAAGUGUUUAUUUUCCUGCCAUUAGGUGCUUGCUGAUUUCAGAUGCAYAGGUUUGGAGACAAGUGGACCAUAUGUUGUGAGAAAUUCCAGAUAGAAAUCUCUAGCCUGGUGCACUGCCGUUUGUGGCAAACUCCACCACGUACCAUGGGGAUCAUUCGACAGGAUCGGAUACAGUCACUGGUGCUCAUUCCCAUCAGACGCUGGUUGUCAGGGUACUCGCCCCGUCUCACCAGAGUCUGAUGGCCAGUGAAAUUGGGCUUCUCGUAGACCAUGAAGAGGCCYCUCUCCACCCUGCAGGAGUUGCACCUGCUCAGGUCAUUUUCUAUGAGGAGAAGAACUUCCAGGGGCGCUCCUAUGAAUGCAGCAGUGACUGCUCCGACAUCCACAUGCACCUGAACCGCUGCAACUCCUGCAGGGUUGAGAACGGGUGCUUCAUGGUGUACGACAGGCCCAACUACAUGGGGAACCAGGUCUUCUUGAGGAGAGGCGAGUACAAUGAUUUUCAGUACACCGGAAGCAUGACGGGCAUGAUGGGCAUGGCCAUGAUGGACACCGUUCGCUCCUGUCGUGUGAUUCCAACGCACCGGGGACAGUUCAGGAUGAGGAUCUACGAGAGGGAGAACUUCGGAGGCCAGAUGCACGAGCUGCUGGACGACUGCGAGUCUCUCCAGGACCGGUUUUACAUGUCCGAGUGCCAGUCCUGCAACGUGAUGGACGGCCACUGGCUGAUGUUCGAGCAGCCCAACUACAGAGGCCGGUUGAUGUACGUGAGACCAGGAGAGUACAGGAACCUCCGGGACAUGGGAACGAGCAACGUCAUGAGAAUCAGCUCCAUCAGACGCAUCAUGGACAUGUGCUGAGUGGAAGUUGUGUCUCCAGAGAAACCCCAGAACCAAAAUAAUAAAACAUACUCUGAAGUAUCUCUUUGCUUUGUGCAGUUGAAAGAAGCUUGGUUUAUUUCAUGAUAGCAAAGACUGAGUCAGAAAUAUGACAACUAAUUAUAAAACAGCUUCAUCAUAUAAAAGUCUAAACACGCAGCUGUUUAUAUUUACAGAUUAUCAGAACUUUUAAAAAAAUGUUUGGAUCUUCUCCCAAAUUCUGAUGUGUUGAAAACUAAGUCGCCCAACUUGCAAUGAAUAAUAUUAUGAAAAAAUAUGUAUAUGUUAUCUUUUAAAACAAGAAAUGAAAAUGUAAUGAUGAAUAAAUUAGCAUAUUAACACUUUUAAUGUGUUGCUUCCUGCCUUUACAUUUUAAUGAAUAUUACACCUUA